CCCAUCUGCACAGUCCGGUACUUGCAACAGCCUCGCUUUUCCCUCUUCGCCCUCCGGUGGCCUACGGAGCCCGCCACUAUCCUCCCCACGACUUGCUGUCCUGCGCCCGCAACCAUGUGCCGCACCCUGGCUACCUUCCCCAACUCCUGCCUGGAGAGAGCCAAAGAGUUCAAGACGCGUCUGGGGAUCUUUCUCCAUAAAUCGGAGCUGAGCUCCGAUACUGGUGGUGUUAACAAGUUCGAGUGGGCCAGUAAACAUAGCAAAGAGAGAAUCUUCUCGGAAGAUGUUCUGGGAUGGAAAGAAUCCUUUGAUCUGUUGCUGAGCAGCAAGAAUGGAGUGGCUGCCUUCCACGCUUUCCUAAAGACAGAGUUCAGCGAGGAGAAUCUGGAGUUCUGGCUGGCCUGUGAGGAGUUCAAGAAGAUCCGAUCAGCCACCAAACUGGCCACCAGGGCUCACCGCAUCUUUGACCAGUACAUUUGCAGUGAAGCCCCUAAAGAGGUGAACAUAGACCAUGAGACCCGAGAGCUGACAAGGAUAAAUCUUCAGGCCCCCACUGCCAGUUGCUUCGAUGUGGCUCAGGGGAAGACUCGCACCCUGAUGGAGAAGGACUCCUAUCCGCGCUUCCUCAAGUCACCUGCUUACCGGGACCUGGCCGCCCAAACCUCAGUCGCCUCCUCCACCUCUACAUCCAGCAGCAGCCCAGCUGAGCCUUCACACAGUUGAGCCUCCACAGCAGCAAAGAAACCAGCAGGAAGAGAGGUGGAGUCAGCGGUCCCUGAAGCAGCUGCCCUGUGUGGGAGGCCGGUUCUGCCCAACAAGUGCCAGAGGACAGUGAAGGGAUGCACGUUCCUGCCUCCUGGGCGUGAAGCACUCCCUCUUCCUAGAUACUGCGGUGGACUCAGUGUGGGAGAGGCUCCUCACUUCCAGGACCUGUGGCCGAGGGCUGACAAGUGGGCUGUGUGGGGCGCUCUAGGGAAGGUGGCACAGCAGUCCCGUUCUUCCCACCAGGGCCCAGAGGCAUGCUGGGGCAGUUGGGAACCUUGAGAGCAGGAGCUGGAGAUUCGUCCUCAAGAUAGUUGGCUUUGGUCACUCACAUCUUGAUGUCCUUGUUCCUGGACUGGGCCUAGAAAAAGCUAUGAAAGGGGAACCUCCCUCUUUUGUGCUUGCCUUCCCAGAGAUACCCAGGGUCCCCUAGCUUAGGCUUCUUAACAUUCCUGUGUUCAUUCUUGCAGUCUCAUGAGGGUCAAUGAGUCAGAAUGAUUCUUGCCCCAAAUGAGAUUUUUAUACCUCAAAAAAACUGGCCUGUGAGUCCCUUUCCAGGUCAGUAACGAGUCCUGGAAAAGCAGCCACUCUGCUUGUGUGACCCUAGACUGGGUGCUCUCGGUGGCCUGUCGGUGGCAGCAGGGUCCACCUGUGAACAGGGCUCACUGGAAGGUCUUAUUGAGCCCUGCAUCGCUUUGGGAGAUGAGGUCGAAGUGGAGGGAAGUGGGUGGAAGAGCCUUCAGACACCCGGGAUAGCACUUAGGUCCAGCAACUGAGUGAGGGAGAAAGGGCCAUAGAAAAUUCAUCACUGGGAGGAGCCUAAAAGUCUCACUGAAAUCAAAUCAGUUCUCUUUGUGCCUAUGAGCCUGGGAACAAGAGAUGCCCCCUGGUGGAAGGGGAGCCUGUGUUUCUUUCCUGUAGACAGGAGAUACCCACUGUAGGUAGGGGAGAGGUAGGCCAGGGACCAAGAUAGCUCUGGAAGGGAAGCCAGGGAGUAUUGGGGGGCUGCUUGGAAGAGUGGGGGCUGGGGAAAAUCAACCUGACUACCACCUCUGGGUCUUACCGACCAAACAGUCUAAGUUGGGACUUCCCGCACCAGAGACCAAACUGGCAGUGGAGACCCAGGUUGCCAACAUUGUUCUCUCUGCACUUGAAGCUUCCCCAGAAGAACAGUAUUUAAGUAUAAUAUAUUGUUACAUUGUGUCGUGCUGAUUGUCUCAGCUAAUAUUGUCGCUGUUGUUAUUUAUUGUGGCUUGUUGGCCUCCACUGGAGAAACUCAGCUGGAGUGCUGGCCUGGCUGUGCCUCCUCCCCACCUGACUCUACCUCUGCAAGCCUGGGGAACCACUGAGGGCUGUGGGGGAGGGGGACACCCCACCGUUUUAAUAUUUAUUUAUUGUUAACCAAGGGAGCUGGGUUCCUUUAUCGGCGGUGUACACAAUCCCCAUUUUUCUGUCUGAGCGUGUCAUGUUCUUGUAAGAAAUGAAAAUAAAACGCAAGAAUACCA